UUACAUAACUUGUUUUUUUUUAGGUUGAGUGUAAAGUGCAGAGAGAGAGGGGGAAGGAGAGAGAAGAUAAGCACUGCAUUAUUACACCACGUAAUAUAAUUUAACACGGAAGAGCUGCAUGAAACAUUUGAGGAGAGCAGAAGAGAGGAGCAAACAAAAAGGAUCAAGAUAUACACUUUUUCAACAUAAUGGAAAUCCCAGACUUGUCCUCAAUGAAACUACCUAGUCGACCUGAGUUGUUUGAUUUUGAGGGUGUUUCUAUGAUACACUACUUCACUGACAACUGGGAAAAGGUGAAAAACUUUCAAGCAAGACCUGAUGACAUUCUUAUCGCCACUUACCCCAAAGCAGGUACCACCUGGGUUUCAUAUAUUCUUGACCUUCUGCAUUUUGGUAAGGAUGCUCCAGAGCGCCAAACUUCCCAGCCUAUCUAUAUGAGAGUGCCAUUUCUGGAGUCAUGUUUUCAAGUGAUACAAUCAGGGACAGAGCUGGCUGAUAAUCUGCCCACUUCUCCUCGCCUCAUCAAAACUCAUUUGCCUGUUCAGCUUGUGCCCAAGUCCUUCUGGGAGCAGAAUUCAAGGAUUGUGUAUGUAGCUCGGAAUGCAAAAGACAAUGCAGUUUCCUAUUUUCAUUUUGAUCGAAUGAAUAUGGCAGAACCUGAACCAGGAGACUGGAACACCUUCUUACAGAAAUUUAUGGAGGGAAAGAAUGUGUUUGGUCCUUGGUUCGACCAUGUCAGUGGAUGGUGGGAGAAAAAACAGACAUAUUCUAACUUACUCUACUUGUUCUAUGAGGAUUUGGUGGAAGACACUGGACGUGAAGUGGAACGUUUGUGUUCCUUCUUGGGUUUGUCCACUUCAGUUGACGAGAGGGAGAAAAUAACAAAAGGGGUUCAGUUUGAUGCCAUGAAACAGAACAAAAUGACUAACUAUUCCACUCUCCCAGUCAUGGACUUCAAGAUCUCACCCUUCAUGCGGAAAGGUAAAGUUGGAGACUGGAAAGGUAACUUCACUGUGGCACAAAAUGAACAGUUUGAUGAAGUCUACAAAGAGAAGAUGAAGAAUACCACUGUCAAGUUCCGCACUGAGAUAUAAUACUUGAGUUCU